AAGUGUAGAUUCUAGCAAUUGCUCAAAGCAAGUGCAUUGUAUUUUUCUAAUUCCUUGUCUGGCUUGAUUGUUUAUUUUAAAAAGGUGGCUUUGUGUGUUUAAUUGUGCUGAUUUGGUUGUCUGCUCAAAGACGUUGAAGACGUGGAUUCCAGACCGAAUGCGCCACUGCACGAGCACAAUCCAUUCAACACCUCCAACACCUCUCCCCUCUUCUCUCGACGAUAACAGAUCCACCCAGUUCACCAGUCUGCCAGGAACACAGACAAUCACUGGCGAGCAGGAUCUAGACGCUCAACGCCGCGCACGCUCCUGAGAUUGCUCAACUCUCUCUUCGUCGUCUGAUGGCUCCGCGCCCGACCUCUGGAUACCUGCCAUUCUUGUUUGCCGGCGCGGGCACGUCUGAGUAUUUUGCGCCGAUCGAGUUCGACGAGCCUGUUGAAAGCAAGAGGUUGUCCAGUGCUGCUGCGCGACCGAGACAUAGUCGCAGCAAGAGCGUUCAGGUUGGGAUAUCAGGCCGCGCUGCUGCUGCUGGUGCUAGUGCUAGAAUCGCUCGAGAUACAGGCAGCGUUGCGGACGCAGGUAGAAGUAUAGCGCGACCGACGACGCCGAUUGCGCAUCCGCAGAGAGCAAAGAUCGUGAGCGGUCUUAUGACGCCGGAUUCGACACCAAAGAAGAAAUCACCGAGUACCACGACCACGACCGCAAGCACCACUACAGUUACUGCAAAGCCACAGAAUCAGGCAACAACGAACCCGCACGUCCAACAACUGCAGAAACGACACACACACUCGCACUCCUUCUCACCAGGCGAACACAGCGUCUCGCCUCUGACAUUCGCCCCGUCAGCAACGAUCCCAAUGUCGCCUGCCUCGUCACCGCCUUCGUUACCGCUCCCUGCUUCAGCCGCGGGACUGGCGCGACAACGACAGCCGACUUGGCUCGCGUCGUCGUCGUCGUCGACGUCGCUGACGUAUUCGCGUGGGACAGGACAGCCUUUAUCGCCAACGGCUAGUUUUGCGGGGAAGCAGCAGCCGCUUGUGUUGCAUCAGCCGUCGCCGUCGAUAAAUCCUACAAAGACGCGACCGACGCAGUCUUCGACAAGCACGUCAGCAUCAACAAGACAACUACGUCACCACGCAAGCCAACCUUCCUUACGACGAGAGCAACGAAAUGUUUCCUCCUCGUCUUCAAUGUCGUGGUCGUCAUCGCGCGACCGCGAAGGGACAGCAAGUUCGCGGAGUUCGUUUUACAGUUCAAUAGCGGGAUCAGGACGGUCGAAGCGCAAGAUGAUGGAAGCAAAGCGCGCGCAGGCGGAAGAGAGAUUGAAUGAGCCGCCGCGGGCGUUACCGGAAGUGCAGUUGUUUAGCGUGCGCUCUGUGCUGACUGAGAUUGGAUAUUCAAUGCCGGAGUUUUACGAAAACGCGCUUGAUUUAGCGGAGGCGUGCGAGUCGUAUUUCCAUACUGCCAAUCACGCGUCUCCGCGGUUAGUGCUUGGAUUUCGACGAUGAGCAGGAUAGAUGUGAGAUAGUGUAUGAGAGGUGGAGCGCGUGCAUAUAGGUGUUUGUGUAUACGAUAGAUUGUGGUUAUUUCUGGGGUAGAGGGGUAUUUUGUUUAUUUAGCAUGAAUUGGGGUGGAUUUGGUUUGGUUUGUAGAUAUUUGUAGAAUAUACGACGUUCUUUAUGGUAAUCACCAGAAUGAGUAGAACGAGCAGAGUUUGGUGCGGCUCAGAUUUUG